GCAUCCACGGAGUCUCUGAUUUCGUUUGGUUUCAUUUGGCAGAUCGGAAGGAGGGGUGAAUUGGCCUGAGCUCGACACAGCAGAGGAAACAGAGAAGAAAAAUGGCGGUAGACGAAGUACCAAUUGACGACAAGGCAAAGAGGAUGCGAGAUCUGCUAUCGAGUUUCUACUCCCCAGACCCUUCCAUCUCCAACACCUCUUCCAAACACGCUUCCCUCGACGACAUCAAUUCCACCUCCUUCGAUCCCGAUCAGUACAUGAAUAUCCUGGCACACAAGUCCAAUUUGGAAGGGCUGCUCCAACGCCACGUCGAAAUGGCAGCUGAAAUCAAGAAUCUCGACACGGACUUGCAAAUGCUAGUUUACGAGAAUUACAACAAGUUCAUCAGCGCUACAGACACUAUAAAGAGGAUGAAAAGUAACAUUUCAGGAAUGGAGGCAAAUAUGGAGCAGCUUCUUGAGAAGAUAAUAUCUGUGCAGUCCCGAAGUGACAGUGUCAACACUUCUCUGUUUGACAAAAGGGAGCAUAUUGAGAAACUGCACCGGACUUGUAAUCUUCUUCGGAAAGUUCAGUUCAUAUAUGAUCUACCUGACAGACUAGCCAAGUGCAUCAAGUCAGAGUCCUAUGCAGAUGCAGUCAGAUUUUACACCGGAGCAACGCCAAUUUUUAAGGCGUAUGGAGAUUCAUCAUUCCAGGAUUGUAAGCAGGCAUCUGAAGAAGCAAUAGCUAUCAUAGUAAAAAACUUGCAGGGGAAGCUAUUUUCAGAUUCUGAAUCAAUACAAGUGAGAGCUGAUGCAGCAGUGCUUCUUAAGCAGUUGAAUUUUCCGGUGAACAAUUUGAAGGCAAAGUUGUUUGAAAAGUUAGAACAAUCCAUUACAGACAUUCAGUUGAACCCUGGAGAAAUAAAUAAAGCUUCAGGGGACCAUUCUGCUCAUGAGACUGCUAUUCAUGAAUUUGUGGAGGCAGUUCGUGCUUUUCGAGUAAUAUUUCCUGAUUCAGAAGAACAGUUGGUUAAACUUGCUCAAGAUUUGAUUACCAAGAACUUUUUAAUUAGUGAAGAGUAUGUGAAGACACGGAUUUGCCCAGAAGAUCUACUUGGCAUUCUUCGAGUUAUUUGGAAUGAUGUGCUCCUGAUAGAUGAAGUCUUACAGGAAGCAGCUCUUUCUAACCAUUCACUUGAGGAUGCGAAGGUUGUUGUCACAUCAUAUAUUAGAAGUGCAUUUUCUCAUCUUCUGCAAGACAUUUCAGAUUCCCUCUUACAAAUCCUGAAAAAGGAUGGAGCAGAACAGUGCUCUCUCGACGUUGUUCUUGAUGCUAGCACAAAAGCAGUUCUCCAAGGUGGCUUGAAUGUCUUGCUGGACUUCCACAAAAUUUUAGAUGAUGACUCUGGGGUCCUAGUUAGACUGAGAGAGUUAAUCAUUGAUUGGGUUCAAGAAGGACUUCAAGACUUUUUUAGGCAACUUGAGGAUCAGUUCCUUGUGCUUUCGGGAAGAAAUAAUUCAUCUAGUCAAGUACAUGGUUUAGUGGAGGGAGCUCAAGGUGACAAAGCUUUUGCUGGCCUUGUCCUUGUGCUGGCACAAUUGUCUGCUUUUAUUGAACAAACUGUCAUCCCAAAAGUUACUGAGGAAAUAGCUGCUUCCUUUUCUGGUGGUAGUGUUAGAGGCUAUGAAUCUGGACCUGCCUUUGUUCCUGGAGAAAUAUGUCGAAAAUUUCGAUCAGCUGGUGAAAAAUUCCUGCACCUGUACAUCAAUAUGAGAACUCAGAGGGUAUCACUCCUCCUGAAGAAGAGGUUUACCACCCCUAAUUGGGUUAAGCAUAAGGAGCCAAGAGAAGUUCAUAUGUUUGUAGAUUUAUUUCUUCAAGAGCUUGAAGUCAUAGUUAAUGAAGUGAAGCAGAUUUUGCCUCAAGGUAGACGUAAGCACCACAGGACUGAUAGUAAUGGAAGUACUGCUUCAUCAAGGAGUAACCCCUUACGGGAGGAGAAACUGGGUAGGUCAAAUACUCAAAGAGCAAGGAGCCAGCUUUUGGAAACGCAUCUAGCAAAAUUGUUUAAGCAGAAAGUUGAAAUUUUCACAAAAGUAGAGUAUACACAGGAGUCUGUUGUUACAACUAUAGUUAAAUUGUGCCUUAAGAGUUUUCAAGAAUUUAUCCGACUCCAGACUUUUAACCGAAGUGGAUUCCAACAAAUUCAAUUGGAUAUCCAGUUCCUAAGGAUACCUUUAAGGGAAAUAGUUGAAGAUGAAGCUGCAAUUGACUUCUUGCUGGAUGAGGUGAUUGUUGCUACCGCAGAGAGGUGUCUAGAUCCGAUUCCAUUGGAGCCUCCCAUAUUGGACAAGCUUAUACGAGCAAAGUUGGCCAAAACAGAGGAACAAAAUACAAUUUCUUCAUAAACAUUUUGUGGAAGUAGAAAUAUAUAAAAAAAUGUGUUUGCUGUGUUUGUCAUCUCUCGUAGAACUUUGUCAUGGUUUUGGCCGCUGAAAAGUAAAUUGGUUCCUGUUCUUUUCACUUUGUAAAUCUCUUGUAAGUUGUAACAUAUGUCACAUUGCCAUGUUAUUUGUGGAAACAUUGAAACAUGAAAAUGUUGUAUGCAUUCACUCGAGAGUAAGACCAAACUAAUGUAAUUUUUUGACAGAAAUCUCUUAAGUUGUAUCCAUUCACUCUGUUAUU